AUGCCAAUCGGUGGUGAUCAAAACAGCCACAAACGACACACAGCACCGUCCGUUAAGGAGUCAAAGCGACCUUUAACCUCAUCUAGUGCAGUUUUCGGGAAACUCAAGGUCGAGAGUUCCAGCACAACCGUCCGCAAGACUCGCGACGAUCGACAGCGUCCUGAGGAUCAAGUACUUAUGCGGGCAUUGCGUGAUUUUAAUAUUCCGAAGAUUGUAACAGAUGACCUUCCGGUAUUUAUGGGUCUUAUAGGCGACUUAUUUCCAGCAUUAGAUGUACCACGAAAACGCAACUAUGAAUUUGAGGCAGUUAUUAAGCGAUCGGCGAUUGACUUAAAACUCCAACCAGAGGAUGGGUUCAUUUUAAAGAUAGUUCAACUUGAAGAAUUGUUUGCAGUGCGCCAUUCUGUAUUCAUAAUUGGAUUCGCAGGAACUGGAAAAUCCGAGGUUUGGAAAACGCUAAACAAGACAUAUCAUAAUCAGAAGAGGAAGCCGCAUUACAAUGAUCUUAAUCCAAAGGCAGUGACAAAUGAUGAGUUGUUUGGAAUUGUCAAUCCAGCAACCCGCGAAUGGAAGGAUGGCUUGUUCUCAAUUUUAAUGCGUGAUCAAGCUAAUUUGGGUGGUACCGGUCCAAAGUGGAUUGUCCUGGAUGGUGACAUUGAUCCUAUGUGGAUUGAAAGCCUUAACACUGUGAUGGAUGAUAACAAGGUCCUAACUUUGGCUAGCAAUGAGCGAAUUGCGCUAACCAAAGAGAUGCGCUUACUUUUUGAGAUUGCAUCGCUGCGAACGGCAACCCCAGCUACAGUAUCACGGGCUGGAAUUCUUUAUAUAAAUCCACAGGACUUGGGAUGGACACCCUUUAUUCAAUCUUGGCUGGGUACACGAAACAACGCCAGUGAAGUAGCUACUCUUAACGUUUUAUUUGAUAAAUACAUACCACCACUUCUUGAUUUGUUCAGAAGCCGACUUAAAAGCAUCACUCCCAUUUCUGAUAUUGCACGGUUACAAAUGACUUGCUUCUUAUUAGACAGUAUGCUCACCCCACAAAAUGUACCGCAUGACUGCCCUAAAGAUUGGUAUGAGAUAUACUUUGUUUUUAGUGUUAUUUGGGGUUUUGGAUCACCGCUUUUUCAAGAUCAAAUUAUCGAUUGGCGCAAUGAGUUCAGCAAAUGGUUUCAAAACGAAUAUAGAGCCGUUAAGUUUCCAUCAUCAGGCAAUAUAUUUUCCUUCUAUAUUCAUAAUGAAAGCAAAAAGUUUCUACCAUGGACUAAUCUGGUACCGGACUUUGAGCUAGAUCCUGAUCUUCCGCUGCAAUCAAAUUUGGUAAAUUCGGCGGAGACAACCCGGCUUCGCUUUUUUAUGGAUACUUUAAUCGAAGCAGAUCAUCCUUUAAUGCUUAUUGGGCCCUCUGGAUCAGGCAAGACAAUAUUGAUGAAUGCUAAAUUAAGCACUCUACCCACAGACAAAUUUGCUGUAACCAAUGUCCCCUUCAACUUUUAUACUACAUCAGAAAUGUUGCAGCGAAUACUAGAAAAGCCACUUGAAAAAAAGGCAGGUCGCAAUUAUGGCCCUAUAGGAAACAAAAAAAUGAUAUACUUUGUUGAUGAUAUGAAUAUGCCUGAGGUCGAUAAGUAUUUUACAGUUCAACCACAUACUUUAAUCAGGCAGUUCAUGGACUAUCACCAUUGGUAUGAUCGGAUUAAAAUGACAUUGAAAGAUAUACAUAAAUGCAAUAUUGUGGCAUGCAUGAAUCCUUCAGCAGGUUCCUUUACUAUUAAUCCAAGAUUACAAAGACACUUUUGUUCUUUUGCAGUUAAUCAACCCAGCCAGGACGCAUUAUUUCACAUUCUAAACUCAAUACUUUCUCAGCAUUUGGAAAAUCCACAACAUAAGUUUGAUAAGAACAUCAUUAAAGAGUGUACAGCACUUGUCAAUACAGCAAUUGCCUUACAUUUAAAGGUGGUCGGCUCGUUUCUUCCCACAGCAAUGAAGUUUCACUACAACUUUAAUUUACGGGACCUUGCCAACAUAUUUACGGGUGUUCUAUAUGCUAAUAACGAAACAUGCCCCACUUUUAAUCAACUGAUUCGAUUGUGGGUUCACGAAUGUUUCCGUGUAUAUGGUGAUAAGCUGGUCGACCAAACCGACAUAGGAAACUUUAAGAAAAUUGUUGUUGAGGUAGUACGAAAAGGAAUUGAAGGUGUAAGCGAAGACAUUAUUUAUGCGCAGCCUCAUAUAUAUUGUCACUUUGCGAAAGGACUUUCAGAUAUUAAAUAUAUGCCUAUACAAAAUUGGGACCGUCUGAAAGUAUUGUUGGAGGAAGCUCAGCUGCGCUACAAUGACUAUGUAGGUGCCAUGAACUUGGUUCUUUUUGAUGACGCCAUGUCACAUGUGUGCAGGAUAAGUCGAAUACUAGAAUCUUCCAGAGGAUAUGCCCUACUCAUUGGAGUUGGCGGUUCAGGAAAACAAUCUCUUACUCGCCUAGCGGCUUUUAUAUCUUCUCUGGACGUUUUUCAGAUUCAGCUAACAAAAGAUUAUAGUGUGAAUGAUUUAAAAACUAAUAUUGCUGUAUUGUAUUCAAAAGCAGGAGUCAAGAGCACAGCAUGUUGCUUUCUAAUGACUGAUUCUGAGGUGGCACGUGAACAGUUUUUAGUUCUAGUUAACGAUCUUCUCGCAUCUGGUGAUAUUCAUGAACUUUUUCCCGAUGACGAAAUGGAAAACGUGAUUGGAGCUGUGCGUAAUGAAGUCAAACAACUUGGUAUUAUUGACAGUCGCGAGAACUGCUGGAAAUAUUUUAUUGAGAAAGUGCGCAGUCUUCUCAAGGUUGUGCUAUGUUUUUCACCUGUAGGUGCCACUCUUCGUGUACGUUCUAGAAAAUUUCCUGCCCUUGUUAACUGUACUACAAUAGAUUGGUUUCAUGAGUGGCCACAGCAGGCACUUGAGUCUGUAUCAAUGCGUUUUCUCUCAGAGAUUACAGUUCUGCCAAUAGAAUUGGCGCCUCCUGUAUCGAAGUUCAUGGCAUAUGUACAUAAGACUGUAAACGAUAUUUCAGAGCUCUACCUAGCAAAUGCAAAACGGUACAACUAUACCACGCCAAAAUCAUUUCUUGAGCUCAUUUCUCUAUACUCUAAGCUGUUAUAUGAAAAAGUCAAUGCCAAUUUAGAACGUCGUUCUCGCUUAGAAAAUGGCUUAAUUAAACUGGCUAGUUGCACGAAAGAAGUAGAUGCACUUCAGGAUGUUCUCAAAUUGCAAGAAGUUGAGCUGAAAGUUAAAAAUCAGGAGGCGGAUAAUCUUAUUGUCGUCGUAAGCACAGAGAAUGAAAAGGUGUCAAAGGAACGAGCUUAUGCUACUAAGGAGGAAAAGAAUGUUCGUCAGAUUGAGGAAGACGUUGGCGCAAAAGCCAAACUAUGUGAGGAAGAUUUUCGUAAGGCUCAACCAGCUCUUCUUGCUGCCCAGGAAGCGCUAAAUACCCUAAAUAAGAAUAACCUAACGGAGCUUAAGUCCUUUGGAUCACCACCGGAUGCUGUCGUUAGUGUAUGUGGAGCUGUAUUAGUACUAUUUUCUGUCAAUGGAAAAAUACCCAAGGACCGAAGCUGGAAAGCAUCCCGUGGUAUGAUGGGAAAUGUUGACAAAUUCCUCGACAAUUUAAUCAACUACGAUAAAAAACAUAUUCACCCAGAUGUUAUAAAGGCAUUACAACCUUAUAUUCUAGAUCCUGAAUUCAAUCCAGAAAAAAUAAUAUCCAAGUCAUCUGCAGCAGCUGGUUUGUGCUCUUGGGUUAUCAAUAUAAACCGAUUCUAUGAUGUUUAUCUUGUGGUCGAACCCAAAGAACGUGCUCUAGUUGAAGCUGAAAAGGAAUUAAACGAUGCCAGAGAUAAGCUUACAGCCUUAAAUCAACGACUCAAUGAGCUUGAGCAAGAGUUGAAUAUUCUACAAAUGAAAUUCGAUGAAGCGAUGGCAAAGAAACAAAAGUGUCAAGAUGAAGCAGAUAAAACUGCGUUUACAAUCGAUAUAGCAAACCGGUUAAUUGGUGGGCUAGCCACAGAGAAGGUUCGCUGGACAGAGUCUGUGAAAAGUAUAACAUUGGGUAUAAGACAACUACCUGGAGACAUACUUCUUAUAUCGUGCUUUAUUUCCUAUGUAGGUUGUUUUACUCGUGCCUAUCGAACAGAAUUGCAACAGAAAAUGUGGAUGCCAACUUUUCAGAAUAUACAGCCACCAAUACCUUCGACAGAGGGUACCGAUCCCUUUGAAAUGAUCUGUGAUGAUGCCCAAAUAGCUGAGUGGAAUAACCAAGGGUUACCUAGUGAUAGAAUGUCUGCGGAGAAUGCUGCCAUUUUGGUUCAAUCCCAACGCUAUCCGCUAAUGAUUGAUCCUCAGUUACAGGGCAUAAAAUGGGUGAAAGCAAAAUAUGGUCCGGGUCUAGUAGUGUUGCGUCUAACACAGCGGGGAUAUCUUGACUUAGUAGAAAGGGCUGUUAGCAAUGGAAACGUACUUUUAAUAGAGAACAUUGGAGAGAACGUUGACGCUGUACUAAAUCCAUUACUUGGUCGCAUGCUGAUCAAAAAAGGAACUAUUUUGAAGAUCGGCGACCGUGAGAUUGACUUCAAUUCCAACUUCCGUUUGAUUUUGCAUACGAAAUUAGCUAAUCCGCACUAUAAACCUGAAAUGCAAGCACAAACUACACUUAUUAACUUUACUGUAACACGUGACGGCUUAGAGGAUCAGUUAUUGGCUGAGGUAGUCAAGGUUGAAAGACCUGACUUAGAAUCUAUGCGUACACGUCUUACGCAGCAACAAAACCAUUUUAAAAUCACAUUAAAGCUUUUGGAAGAUGAUCUAUUGGCGCGAUUGUCCUCUGCUGGGGAUAAUGUUCUUGAAGAUAUAACCUUAGUUAUGAACCUUGAAAAAACGAAGAAAACAGCCGACGAAAUUGAAGUAAAGGUAGCCGAGGCCAAGAUUACAGGUGUUCAAAUUGACUCUGCCCGAGAAGCAUACAGACCUGCCGCUGAGCGAGCCUCUAUUAUAUAUUUUAUACUAAAUGAUUUAUUCAAGAUAAAUCCAAUCUAUCAGUUCUCAUUAAAAGCAUUUACAGUAGUAUUUAAUAACGCAAUGCUUAAUUCUACGCCAGCUGAAAAACUCAAGGAUCGCGUUGAAAAUCUAAUGGAAUCAAUUACAUACAGCAGCUAUAUUUACACUUCUCGAGGGCUUUUUGAGCAGGACAAACUAAUAUUUCUUACUCAAAUGUGCCUUCAAAUAUUAGUGAAUAUUGGCGAAGUGGAGCCUACUGAACUAGAUUUUCUUCUCCGAUUCCCGUAUAUGCCCAAUCAAACUUCAAAUUUUCCGUGGCUGACUCAUAUUGGAUGGGGAGGCAUUCGUGCAUUAAAUAAUUUGCCAGCUUUUAAAGGAUUAGAAAAAGAUAUCGAAGGAUCGCAUAAGAGGUGGAUGAAAUUUAUUGAUUCGGAGAAUCCCGAGAAUGAGAAAUUACCUGGUGAAUGGAAAGCAAAGUCGGCAAUUCAAAGGCUCUGCAUAAUGCGCUGCAUACGUCCCGAUCGCAUGUCAUAUGCAAUGAAAGGUUUUAUUGACGAAAAAUUAGGAUCCAAGUAUAUCGAUGCGCGGUCCAUCGAAUUUUCUAAAACCUUUAAGGAGUCAAGCCCAGAAACUCAUAUCUUCUUUGUUUUAUCACCAGGUGUUGACCCACUUAAAGAUGUAGAAAAAAUUGGCAAGGUGUUAGGCUAUAGUUUUGAUCAUGAAAACUUUCAUAGUGUUUCAUUAGGUCAGGGGCAGGAAAUUAUUGCAGAAAAAGCUAUUGAGACAGCUUCACAACAAGGGCAUUGGGUCAUUCUACAAAAUAUUCACCUAGUUGCACGCUGGUUGCCUAGCCUUGAAAAGAAAAUGGAAGCUUCUCUUAUUAAUGUGAAUUCCAAGUAUAGACUUUUUUUAAGUGCUGAACCUGCAGGUGACCCGUUAAUGCACAUUUUACCGCAGGGAAUACUGGAGUCUGCGAUUAAAAUUACAAACGAACCGCCGACGGGUAUGAUGGCUAACAUACAUAAGGCCCUCGACAAUUUUAGCGAUGAGACACUUGAGAUGUGCUCUAAAGAAACGGAGUUUAAAGCUAUUCUUUUCUCUCUAUGUUACUUCCAUGCCGUCGUGGCUGAACGUCGCAAAUUCGGGCCACAGGGCUGGAAUCGAUCAUAUCCAUUUAAUGUGGGUGAUCUUACAAUUUCAGUAUAUGUUUUAUUUAACUACUUGGAGGCUAACACUCGUGUCCCUUGGGAAGAUUUACGCUAUUUGUUCGGAGAGAUCAUGUACGGUGGCCACAUCACAGAUGAUUGGGAUCGUCGAUUGUGUCGCACUUAUCUUGAGGAAUUUAUGCAGCCAGAACUCAUUGAUGGCGAUCUAGAGUUCUGCCCCGGUUUCCCUGCCCCAGGAAUUCUUAAAUAUGCUGGAUAUCAUCAGUAUAUCGACGAAAAUUUGCCAUUGGAGAGCCCUUCCCUAUAUGGCUUAAAUUUAAAUGCUGAAAUUGGAUUUCUCACAACAGUUUCAGAACGACUAUUCAGAAUUGUAUUUGAACUACAGCCGCGAAUGUCAAGUGGUUCAGCCGGAGGGGGUGAAUCUGUGUCACAAGAGGAUAUUAUAAAGGGUGUUAUUGAAGAUUUGCUCGAUAAAGUUCCCACACCUUUUAAUAUUGCAGAGCUUAUGGGACGUGUAGAGGAUCGUAAUCCAUAUAUUAUAGUUGCUUUCCAAGAAUGCGAGCGAAUGAAUAUUCUUAUGUCCGAGCUUAGACGAUCACUAAACGAAUUAGAUUUGGGUCUAAAGGGAGAACUCACAAUAUCGUCUGUCAUGGAGGAUCUUAUGUUAUGCCUCUAUAUGGAUCAAGUGCCUGAGCAGUGGACUAAGCUUGCCUAUCCAAGCUUGUUGGGCCUGCAGUCGUGGUUUGGGGACCUUAUGCAACGUCUUCGUGAGUUAGAAAGUUGGGUUUCUGAUUUUCGAUUGCCAUCAUCCAUUUGGCUAGCUGGCUUUUUCAAUCCUCAAUCUUUACUUACUGCAAUUAUGCAGCAGACAGCACGUAAAAAUGAGUGGCCCCUUGACAGAAUGUGUCUCAAUUGCGACGUCACAAAGAAAUUCAAAGAGGAAUUCACUUCUGCACCUCGCGAGGGAGCGUAUGUUAAUGGCUUAUUUAUGGAAGGUGCACGAUGGGAUAUGAAACUGAGCACAAUAACAGAUGCUCUUAACAAAGAAUUGUUUCCGGCAAUGCCAGUAAUUUAUAUUAAGGCGGUCACACAGGACAAACAAGAUAUAAAGAAUAUAUAUGAAUGUCCAGUAUACAAAAUUAGGUUGCGUGGACCGACGUUCGUUUGGACUUUCAAUUUAAAGAGCAAAGAACGGGAUAGCAAAUGGACCUUGGCUGGAGUUUGCUUACUUUUGCAGACAUAAAACCUUAAAUAACCUUACAAAUUAAUAAUUUGAUUUUUCUGUACGUUAAUGUAAUACCACAAUAAAUAUUCAAUUCUACGUUGCGUGGACCGACGUUCGUUUGGACUUUCAAUUUAAAGAGCAAAGAACGGGAUAGCAAAUGGACCUUGGCUGGAGUUUGCUUACUUUUGCAGACAUAAAACCUUAAAUAACCUUACAAAUUAAU